AUGAAGCGGAGAGGAGACGACGAUUUCAGCAGCCCCCAGAAGAAGCGAAAGAAAAGGGUGGCGGAGCUCGGCCUGACCCUCAGUUCCACGUCCGACGAUGAACCGCCUUCCUCGGGCAAUCACGCCACGCGAGAGUCUUCCACAAGCGCCAGCGGCUCCGACAGCGAGAGCGAAGAGAAGAGGCCCGUGUUCGGCUCCUUCAGCCAUGAUUUCCCAGAGGACUCCCUCACCCAGGGCACUUCUUCCCGCUAUUCCAUGUACAACAGCGUCUCCCAGAAGCUCAUGGCCAAGAUGGGCUUCCGGGAAGGACAGGGUCUGGGGAAAUACAGCCAGGGGAGGAAGGACAUCGUGGAGACCUCCAAUCAGAAGGGCCGGAGGGGCCUGGGGCUGACGCUGAAGGGCUUCGACCAGGAACUGAACGUGGACUGGCGAGACGAACCAGAGCCCAGUGCCUGCGAGCAAGUGUCCUGGUUCCCGGAAUGUACCACCGAGAUUCCCGACACCCAAGAGAUGACCGAGUGGAUGACCGUAGGAAAGAGGAAGAUGAUCAUUGAAGACGAGACUGAGUUUUGCGGGGAGGACCUUCUGCACAGCAUGCUGCAGUGUAAGAGCGUGUUCGACGUCCUGGACAAGGAGGAGAUGAGACGGGCCCGCACCAGGGCCAACCCUUACGAGAUGAUCCACGGCGUCUUCUUCCUGAACAGGGCAGCGAUGAAGAUGGCCAACAUUGAUUUCGUGUUCGAUCGCAUGUUUACGAACCCCAAAGACUCUCACGGGAAGCCCCUGAUCAAGGACCGGGACGCGGAGCUGCUGUACUUCGCCGACGUGUGCGCCGGCCCCGGCGGCUUCUCGGAGUACGUGCUGUGGAGGAAGAAGUGGCACGCCAAGGGCUUCGGGAUGACCCUCAAGGGCCCCAACGACUUCAAGCUGGAGGACUUCUACUCGGCUUCCAGCGAGCUCUUCGAGCCCUACUACGGAGAAGGGGGCAUCGACGGAGACGGCGAUAUCACCCGCCCAGAAAACAUCACGGCUUUUCGGAAUUUCGUCCUGGAUAACACCGACCGCAAAGGCGUGCACUUCCUCAUGGCGGAUGGGGGCUUCUCAGUGAAGGGCCAGCACAACCUGCAGGAGAUCCUAAGCAAGCAGUUGCUGCUCUGCCAGUUCCUCACCGGACUGUCCCUCGUCCGCACAGGAGGCCACUUUAUCUGUAAAUCCUUUGACCUGUUCACUCCAUUCAGCGUGGGACUGCUCUACUUGUUGUACUGCUGUUUCGAACGCGUGUCUCUCUUCAAGCCCGUGACCAGCCGCCCUGCCAACUCUGAGAGGUACGUGGUGUGUAAGAGCCUCAAGUCCGGCAUCGACGACGUGCGCGAGUACCUCUUCAUGGUGAACAUCAAGCUCAACCAGCUGCGCGGCACCGACCUGGACGUGAACCUCGUCGUCCCCUUGGAGGUCAUCAAGGGAGACCACGAGUUCAACGACUACAUGAUCCGCUCCAACGAGAGUCACUGCAGCGUUCAGAUCAAAGCCUUGGCCAAGAUCCACGCCUUCGUCCAAGACACAACCCUCAGCGAGCCGCGCCAGGCAGAGAUCCGCAAAGAGUGCCUGCAGCUCUGGGGGAUUCCGGACCAGGCCCGGGUGGCCCCCUCUCCCUCGGACCCCAAAUCCAAGUUCUUCGAGCUGAUCCAGGGGGCCGACAUGGACAUCUUCAGCUACAAGCCCACCCCGCUCAACCCGAAGACCCUGGAGAAGAUCCGCCCGGUGCUGGAUUACCGCUGCAUGGUGUCGGGGAGCGAGGCCAAGUUCCUCAUCGGCCUCGGGAAGUCGCAGAUCUACACGUGGGCUGGCCGCCAGUCCGACCGCUGGACCAAGCUGGACCUGAAGACGGAGCUGCCGCGGGACACCCUGCUGUCUGUGGAGAUUGUCCACGAGCUGAAGGGAGAGGGCAAGGCCCAGAGGAAAAUCAGCGCCAUUCACAUCCUGGACGUGCUGGUCCUCAACGGCAACGACGUCCGCGAGCAGCACUUUAACCAGCGAAUCCACCUGGCCGAGAAGUUCGUUAAAGCUAUUUCCAAGCCCAGCCGGCCCGACAUGAACCCCAUCAGAGUGAAAGAGGUGUACAGGCUGGAGGAAAUGGAGAAGAUCUUUCUGAGGCUGGAAAUGAAGAUUAUAAAGGGCUCGUACAACAUACCCCGGCUGUCCUACACGGGACGGGACGAUCGGCACUUCGUGCCAACUGGACUGUACAUCAUCAGGACCGUCAACGACCCUUGGACCAUGGGAUUCAGCCGGACCUCCAAGCGGAAAUUCUUCUUCAACAAGUUGGCGAAAGUCUCCACCUACGACCUUCCCCUGGACUCCAUCGCACCUUUUCACAUCUGUUACUUCCGGCGCCUCUUCUGGGAAUGGCGAGAGGGCGUGCGGGUCCACGACUCCCAGAAGAGGCAGGAUCCCGAGACGCUGUCCAAGGAGGACGUGCUGUCCUUCAUCCAGGCGCACAGCCCCUGAGCAUCCGCCCGCCCGGGGGGCCGAGGAACUUGGCGGGCGGCCCGCCUCCCCGAUUCCCCCCCAUCCCUUCCCAAGCACACCCCCCUCUUUGGGAGCAGCGGGUCGGAGCCCUCGGAGAAGCCGAAGCCGGUCGUCUCCCCCGGAACCGGAGCUCCCGGACGUCAGAAACCGAGGGUUUGGCUGCCCCCCUCUCCCCCGCCCUUGGAGACCCAGGGGCGGCUGCUGAACUUUGGGGGGUGUUGCCCCUCUUUGGAAGAGGGGGCUAGGAGCUCUAGGCCUCGGCCACCAGGAGAGCCGAGGGACCUGUGGAGCGGAGAUGGAGGACAUGAGGGCUGAACCCUGGCCUGCCCUAGUUCCAAUCUGGGGAAGGAGCCGUCCCGGGGGCCGGGGAAGGACGGUAGCCACCUGAGGAGGGGGAGGCCAGAUCCGUCGCCCCCUCCUCUCUGACUCUCAGGCUCCCGUCCCCCCCCCGGCGGGCUUAGCCCUCGUGCCCCGCCUCCCGUCCCCACGUAGCUCUCCCCGUGUCGCCUCUCCCGCCGCCGCCCGCACCCAGAGCCCCCUCGGGCAGAGCCCUGGGGGUCGAACGGCCGGGACGCCCAGUGGCCCGCCCCCGCCGGGGACCGGGAGCCAGUCCGAGACGGCGGGUCCCCUUUCCCGGCUGCCUGACCGGUGGACGGGUCGGGGGGCACGGCCACUCCGGCCCCGGGCUUCCCUCCGUAGUUCCUGCCCCCUCCUCCCCGCGGGCAGGGAAAAGCCUUGCCUGACUUGGAGGCCUCCACCUUCCCCUGGGCCUGGGUGGCUCGCGGGCCCGGCUUCCCUGGGCACUGGGUCUCCGGAUUUCAAACGCAGUGGCCACCCAGGGGCUUGGGCCUCCCCUCUGCCCCCCACCCAGGACCCGCCCAGGCGGCUCUUCCCUCUCCGCGACCUCUGGGCUACCGCCCCGAGCCUGGAGACACCAGAAGGCCCUGCCAGAGAGUGGGGAGACCCUCCCGCCCACCCCGCUGCCUGGCCCGGUGGAGAGGGGGGCUCCUUGAGGGACGGCAGGAGACUUCCCUGGUGUUUCCGGUCGGGUUCCCCGCUAUGGCUUCUGUGUGCAUUGCCAAAGACUCCCCCCCACGCCCCGCCGCCGAGUUUGUCUUCCCUCCAUCUCGCCGGGCCCGGAGGCUUCACCCCCAAGCGGCCCCCGGCACGGUUGGCGGCGGCCUUUUUUUGAGACUUAACCCGUUGUCGGCCCUCUAGUCCCUCCGGCUGUCGGGGAAGGCUGGGCCCGGAGCUGGCCGAGGCCACGGUCCUGGCGGCCGGGGCGGGGGGCGAGGGGACGGCGGCAGUUUGGGCCCUUCUCCCCUGCCCCCGGACCCGACCAGAGAUGGGCCGGUGCGGCCUCGCCGACGGGCCCCCACCCUGCCGACGUCAGGCGGUUCCUCUCACCCCGGGCCCGGCGGGGCUCGCCGGCUGGCAUCGGUGCCUCACAUCAUUAAAGACAAAACCUAUUUUUAAA